CCUGCCCUCCCCCUACUGGGAAGAAGGAGUGGUGAGCCAUGCCGAAUGUUGAAUGAACUCUCCCCUUUCUUUUCAAUUAGCGUAUCUCACUGUCUCUUCAGUGGAUCCUCGGAGGGGGAUGAGAUUAGAUACGUGUUCUUGGAGGUGUCUUCUAUUGAUGCAGACCAUUCGAAAGGAAGCCAUUUGGAUUGACCGUCUUUAUAAUGGAAAGUAGCGUUACGGAAAAAAAUAUUCAGAAAAUAAUAAGAGAUUUAAUUACUUCUUAAAAGACACUUUAACGAUGACAUGUCAUUCACGCACACUACGCUUGCACUUGGCAUUGGCUGAAGUCUGAACAUUUGUUUGCUAACUUGCAGACGGUCAAUAAAGUAGCCUACGUAGCAUAGACAGGAUUUAAUAUCAAAUCAGUUUUAGAGUGUAACAUUUUCUUUUCUAAUAAGAACGUGUAAUUAGGCCUACAAGUGUUAAUGGACUGGAGAAAGCUGUAUUGGCUACUCACAUUUUGGUGGAUAAGCAAAAACAAGACUUCACAAUGAAUCGCGUUUUCUGGGACACGAUCUUUCUCAUUACUGGGUCCUUCUUUACCUAUGGUACGGGACAGGGUAAUUCUACCAUUGGUUCUACUACUUCAGCUACUACCACCACAACAACCGCUGCCACCUCUUCCACCACUAUUUCUACCACUCCCAUUACUACUACAAUUCCAGUGAAAAAGUUUGUGGCAGCAGCCGUUCGCUCUCAUUUUGAUGAUUGUCCGGACUCGCACACCCAUUUCUGCUUCCAUGGGAUCUGUCGUUUCCUGAUAGUGGAGGAGACUCCUGCAUGUGUGUGUCACCCUGGUUUCGUUGGGAUGAGGUGUGAACAUGCCGACCUGCUGGCUGUGGUCGCAACCAAUCACAGGCAACAGACAGUCGCCACAGUGCUAGUACUAUGUGUGAUUGGUAGUGUCAUGAUGAUGCUGCUCUGCACUCUUUUACAUUGCUGGUGGAGGCGUGAAAGUCAUAGGCGGACCCAGGCCUUCUACUGUGUCCCAGAAAAACCUGGAAGUAGGCUGACAGGGAAAGCAUCCUGCUGUCAAACUGAAAGUGCAGUGUCAUGCUAUGGAUCAAUCCGAUGGUUAUGCAAAUCUAAGACAAAUAUUUCCAUACUUGCCUCUUACCCUUCAUUGGUUUAAGAGGAUCAAUCUUCUAGAUUUUACCCAAUGAAAUUCCACAUCCUGGGAUCUCUACAGACUGGAACCAAGAUGGUUGACUGACAGCUGGAUCAUUUAAGAUGUGAGGGAGAGAGAAAUCGACUCACCUCUUUCAACAUCAAACUACGGGCUAUCCAUCAGAUUUAGGAAUUGACCCGGCUCACCUAGAGAGAAUUGAAAGGAGGAAUAUGAGGAGUUAGCUCCAGCACUGUGUCAUUAUGAGGACAUGGCCAGGAGGGCUGAUUCUGGACAUGACAGAGACCACCUUUUCAGAAGAAGUUUUGCAUCCAAAGACGAUGUGGAACAACAAAAUGCAUAAUCUCAGACGGACAUCCUGUGUGAUAUACUUCAAGUAAGAGGACCUCAAAUACUCCCCAUUUUUGUCUUUUUAACAAACACCAUAUAAAUUAUGCAAUCACUGAGAUACUUUUUUAUUAAAGAAUGGAGGGAAAAUGUGUUCUUUAAAGAAGUUUUAGUUAUUUUUUAAGCAAGGGAUAUAAACUCACUUCACCUUACAAAAAUGGGGAAUUCUUAUUUGUAGGUAUUCUUAGACUAAGGGAGAGUAAGAGAGUAAGGAUCUACUGACUGAAUCAAUUUUGAAUAUGGGAAUAAAAGGUCUGACAAAUAUGCCUCGCAAAUAUUGCCAAUGUCUUUCUUGUUGUACAAAGUAAUAUCCCUAAUACACCACUUUCUCUAGUAUAUUUAGUACUAAAUUAACGUAUUUUAUAUUGCUUUUGUUAAAUCAGUGAAGAGAAACAAGGGGCUGUACUUCUUGGAGAAGAGGUCUUUAGUUAUUGUAAAGGUGUUGAAUGACUCCAGCGCUGCUACUAACCUCUGAUGUUAGUGUUUUUUUUUUAUUUUAUUACAAUUUCUGCACAAAAUAUGAACAACAAUUCAGAAUGCCUCUGAGGUUUAGAACCAGUAAAUUACUUUUUACUAUUUAUUGUGUGUCCUUACAAUUUCAUGUUACCAGGCACAUGUUGCAAAAGCGUGAGUAUCUGGCAACAGAAAACCUAUUGCUGUGCUUACUUCAAUGUAUGGAAUUUGUCAAAGCUCACUUGCUCUUUAAGCUUAAUCACAAAAUUGUGCACUUAUGGUUUAGAGGUAUAACUUUUCUUUAGAGAUAUUAGAAAUGGGUUCACGUGCAAGUAAUGCCAAAUGCACCUUAUGGACCACUUGUGCGUGUAUGCACAGAAGUUACUAGGUGUUGAUUUAAUGCCGUCAUGGAAGACACCACCACUCUAUGCUUUGAGAAGUCAUACUUUUCACAAAGGCAAACAAGCCUGGCUUUUUGGAAAGUAUUCAAGGACCAAAUGUGUUGUAGUAAGUGUAGAAAUAGGUUAUGGGUAAAAACAAAAUUGUGGCUGUUGAUCUGAGUGGAGUAAACAUGCAAAAAGGUCUGCAUUCUAGAAAGUAAUUUAGAUUGAUUUAGAUUUAAUUGAUAGAAGGGAGAGACAUGCCAAUAUUUUUUUCUUUCUGUCUUUGAUUCUGGGGUUUUGAAUGUGUUUGCUUUUGAAGUAGAUACGAUUGAUACUUUCUGAAUAAAAAAUAAAAAAUGGUGAAUAGAUGUACGUGAAUGAAAGUGUGAGUGUGUGUAUAAGUGCAGUCUUGUUGCGUUGUGAACAUGUUUUCAUUGUUGUUUACAUACCAAAACACAAUACUUGUUUCCUAAGGAGAUACAGUAUAUAUGCAUGUUUUUUUGUUCCCUGUUAAUAUCUGAAUAGAGAAUGGAAAUUAGCAUCAUAGUUAAUAGUUAGCAUGAAAAUGUACACUGAAUAAUGUCAAAUAUAUAAGUAAACUUGUAUAUAAACCCUUAUCCUGAUAUUAUGUUCUGUAUAAAAUAAGGACCAUGGAUAUGUUUAGUUAUGUCAGUAUGUGUUACAAUCUGCAGUGUUACUUCUGUGAUUAAGUCUUUGGUUGAAACAUCACCAACAGAAUAACUGCCAGAUAACUAACCACUUCAAUGUUGUACUGUUAUUGACCUUUCUGUUUUCAAUGUAAAAAAAUAUAAUAAUGAAAAAAAUAUAUACAUUCUAAUCUGCAAACAUUUGUCUUGGUGCUGUAUGUCACUCACAUUCCAUGUAACCCUAUAGCAUUACACAGUCUGACCCAGGUUGGAUCCUUCACUUGACUCUAUCUUUGGAGAUGCGCCAUUUCAGAAGGUGCAAUUCAUUGCGUGCUUUCUCUCUUCACUUUUACAGGUCUUUAUUCC